AUGGCGUCCCUGUUACCGCUCAUCUCGGAGCUGCUGCCCAUGAUCCUGCCCGCCGAGACGCACAUCACCAGGGCGGAGCAGUUGACGCCGCGCCACCCUACCGUCGAGGGUCCCGUCACGUCGCGACCGGCCGUCGUGGGCCGGUGCGACAAGAUGUGCGCUUCUGUGGUGACGACGCGCCCCAAAUCGUGCUCGCCCGUGAAGCAUAACAGCGAACAAGAUGCCAUCAUCUACGCCGUGUCGGGCACCGGCGUCCUCGUUGUAAACGAAGGAGGCUUCGGCAGCGGCGACACUGGCGAGGACAUAAAGGGCGGCGAUAGCGCGGACGAGGAGGGCGCGGACGGCAACCACCUGCGACGCCACGCGCUGCGGCCGGGGGACUUUGCCUUUGUGCCGGCCUGGACGGAGCACCAGGUCCGCAACGAAGAAGGCGACGAGGACGUAGUGUGGGUGGUGAUCCAGGGCGGAUCGCGUCCCGUGGGCGCCACCCUGACGGGCUGGGGAGGCGACGAGGUCUUUGCGGAGGACUAA